CCUGUGCUAUACAGCGCAAGUGCGGCUCCAGCUCGCGUUGGGUGCACCUGCUGCCUUACACGUGCCAUGACCGCGGAGCGGAAAAAUUGCGAUUUGGGCACACCGGACGACGGCGUGGACCCGGUCUUAAUGAGCGAGGAUAUGAGUGCGGAACAGCCCAUCUUCUCCGCACUGAGCAGCGUGGGGCCGGAAGAGGACACCGCGGUGGGACAGAGGCUAAGUCUCGGUGGGAAAAAAGCACCUGCAGCCGCCCUAUCUCCCACUACCACUUCCGAUACAGAGUCCGGGAUAUUCUCCGUGGAGUGCGAGACGUGUGUGGAGCACGAAUCCGAGUUGGACUGGUUCUGUGGUACCGAGUUGAAGCUGAUCUGCUCUCACUGCGCCAUUGUAGGGUCCUGCCACGGACACUCUGUGACCCCUCUGGUUGCCAGAGUCACCGCAGUUAGGAAUCAACUGGUGGAUGUGUGCGAGAAAAUGCAGCUACAGGCGCUGAGGAUGGAAAGGUUCAUCGAGCAAACGCUCAGGAGCAAGGAGCACAAACUUCAGGUGGCGGCGAGCAUGGCGAGGGAGCAGGUGGUGGCCCAGGUAAGCGUCGCCCGCGAGGCCCUGGAAGAGGAGGAGCAGCGCCUGCUGGAGGAGGUACAACGGGAGGAGGAGCGUGUAGAGCAGUGCCUCCUCACUCAGAAGGCUCACUGGAGCCAAGCGCUGGCUGGUCUGACGCGUACACGCUCACGCCUGGUGCACACUCUGACGCACUCUCCGGACGCACAGCUGGUGAUGAGCUUUCAGGAGAUUGCUGAAAGAGUGGAGGAGGCUGAGGGAUUGGGUGAGCCAUGCGACACAGAGCAGCUUAACCUGAGGCCAGGCUGCAGUGACAGCAAGCUUUUGAGAGGACUGUGGGCCACCGCCAUGCUGCAGGGAUCAAAUGCCUAUGGUUCAUCUUCUUUAAAGUUUGACGCGUGCACAGUAAGUCCCCUCCUGUCGCUGUCUGAUGACCACUGCACUCUGACCUUUCUCCAUAAAAAACGCCGCCAGUCGCUGCCCUACGAUGAAGCACGCUUCGACAACUGGCCUAAUGCUAUGGGCUCACUAUCCAUGUCCUCUGGUAGCCACAGCUGGGUGCUGGACGUGGGUCAGAGCGCCGCCUUUAAGGUGGGGGUCUGUUACGCCAGUCUGCAACGCAAAGGCUCCGGAGACGAGGCCCGGCUUGGACACAACGCACAGUCGUGGGUGCUGUGCCACUAUGACGGAGAGUACUCGUUCUAUCACCAGGGGAAGAAGGUGCCGCUGCAGGUGGUGAUCAAACCCCAGAAGGUGGGCCUCCUGCUGGACUGGCCCAGUCAAACGCUGUUGUUUUACGAGCCAGAGUCCAGUGCUGUUUUGUACUCAGUCACAAAUCACUUCAGCGCCCCCUUGCUGCCAGCCUUUGCUGUGACAGACCGAAGUAUCACCAUACUGCACUGACAAACCAGCAACAAUGGCAAAACAUUAACAAGGACAUUUUGUACUUUAUGAAUGUAAAAGAUUUAAAUGUUCAGCGUACUAUAAUUUCAUAUUUUUGACUGAUGUUUAAAAUGUUUUUUAAUAAUCCAGAUAAACUGUUUGUAGAAAAAGUCAUCCAAAUCAUUUUUGUCCAGUAAAUGAAUCAUUACAAUGUUUGUCUGCAGCUUUUAUUAAUCUUCUAUGUAUAAUAUUAGCUUUCUGUCCCCCCAACGGUGCCAAAAAAAUAGUUUACACUGAUUUUUAGACUCAUACAGCCACAAGGGGGCAGUAUUUCCAGGGGAAUCCAUCCAUCCAUCUUCUAUGUCGCUUAUCCUAAUUUGGGUCGUGGGGGUAUGCUGGAGCCUAUCCCAGCUGACAUCCUGCGAGAGGUGGGUACACCCUGGACUGGUCGCCAGCCAAUCGCAGGGCACAUAUAGACAAACAACCAUUCACACUCACAUUCAUACCAAUGGACAAUUUAGAGUCGCCAAUUAACCUAACAUGCAUGUUUUUGGAAUGUGGGAGGAAACCGGAGAAAACUUUCCGAGAACAAUUGUUGCCAUCAUAAAAAAGGUUGAUUUAUAAAGAUAAAAACUAUGAAAGUAAUUGUUAAGAGGUAAAAUAGUUUUAUGUUUUUGAAAACAAAAAUGUAAUAUACUGUACAUAGAAUACAAUUGAUCACAGAGAGAGAUUUUUCCAUUCAUUCCCACCACAUGCAUUCAGUCAAUACAAAACCAAAAAUCUAAAAUUUUCAUCUUUGCCACACGCCUCAAGAGACUGUCAGGAUUUAUAUGAUUGAUUAUAUGAUGUAGGAGGAGGCUCGAUGUUGAGCUCUUGCCUCAGGUCCUCCAGGCUCUGCUCCCAUCGUCUCUCAUAGAAGAUGCUGAGGACGCAACGUGCCCGUUGGCCAUUCUGCACGGCCCAGGGGCCCAACAACGUGACCAGUGACUGCAGGCGACUAGACAAAUCAAAAAUAAAUAUGCUAGAAUCCUAGAUUGUGAGGAGAAAAAUGUGACAAAUCAUCCCAAUUUCCCAGGAUAUACUUAUUUCCCAGUGUGACAAAUAUUUACCUUGGGUUUAGCCGAAAUGGGCCCAACAGAGCUCCGAGGGCGCACAUGGGGAUCCCUGUCUGAGCGGCUUCAAACCAUUUAACAGCCACUUCACCUGUGCAAUAUAAAUACUGUAUUGAAUAUAAGACCCCUUUUUGAACAUUGCAUUCUUCUUCUUUU